CACGUGCGCGGGGAAUGGCUGGCCGUGCCCUGCAGGGACGCGCAGCUCACCGUGGGCUGGCUGGGUCGCGAGGCCGUGCGCCGCUAUGUCAAGAACAAGCCCGACAACGGCGGCUUCGCCUCGGUGGACGACGUGCGCUUCCUCGUGCGCCGGUGCAAGGGCCUGGGCCUGCUGGACAACGACGACCCGCUGGAGGUGGCCCUGGAGGACAAUGAGUUCGUGGAAGUGGUUAUAGAAGGCGAUGCAAUGUCCCCCGACUUCAUUCCAUCUCAACCAGAAGGAGUUUACCUAUACAGCAAAUACCGGGAGCCUGAAAAGUACAUCGCUUUAGACGGGGACAGUCUGACCACAGAGGAUCUGGUCAACCUGGGAAAGGGACACUACAAAAUAAAGCUCACCUCAACUGCUGAGAAGAAGGUACAAAAAUCCAGGGAAGUCAUAGAUAGUAUCGUGAGAGAAAAAACAGUUGUUUACGGCAUUACUACAGGUUUUGGGAAAUUUGCCAGGACUGUAAUUCCUAUAAAUAAGCUACAGGAGCUUCAGGUCAAUUUAGUACGUUCACAUUCUUCAGGUGUUGGGAAACCACUAAGUCCUGAGAGAUGUCGGAUGCUCUUGGCUUUGAGGAUCAAUGUCUUAGCCAAAGGAUACAGCGGCAUUUCCCUGGAGACCCUCAAACAAGUUAUCGAAGUGUUUAAUGCCUCCUGCCUGCCCUAUGUUCCAGAGAAAGGAACCGUUGCUGCCAGUGGAGACCUUGCCCCACUCUCUCAUCUCGCUCUCGGGCUAAUUGGAGAAGGGAAGAUGUGGUCUCCAAAGAGUGGCUGGGCUGAUGCAAAAUAUGUCCACGGUGUGGUGAAUGACACGAUAGCAUUUGUGAAGAACAUCAUUACCACAGAACUGAACAGUGCAACAGAUAAUCCUAUGGUCUUUGCCAGUAGGGGAGAGACUAUUUCUGGAGGAAACUUCCAUGGUGAAUACCCAGCCAAAGCCCUGGACUAUUUGGCCAUUGGCAUCCAUGAACUUGCUGCGAUUAGCGAAAGAAGAAUUGAAAGGCUCUGUAAUCCCUCCCUCAGUGAGCUGCCUGCCUUCCUGGUGGCUGAAGGUGGUCUGAACUCUGGGUUCAUGAUAGCCCACUGCACAGCUGCGGCCCUUGUUUCUGAGAACAAGGCUCUGUGCCACCCCUCGUCCGUGGACUCUCUCUCCACCAGCGCUGCCACAGAGGACCACGUCGCCAUGGGAGGAUGGGCAGCGAGGAAGGCCCUCAGGGUCAUCGAGCACGUGGAACAAGUGCUGGCCAUCGAACUUCUUGCAGCCUGCCAGGGCAUAGAGUUUCUGCGUCCCCUGAGAACAACCACUCCACUGGAAAAGGUCUACGACCUGGUGCGCUCUGUUGUAAGGCCCUGGAUAAAAGAUCGCUUCAUGGCCCCAGACAUAGAGGCAGCACACAGGCUGCUCCUGGAGCAGAAGGUUUGGGAAGUAGCCUCGCCAUACAUCGAAAAGUAUAGAAUGGAGCAUAUUCCAGAAUCCAGACCUGUUUCUCCAACAGCCUUUUCACUAGAAUUCCUACACAAGAAAUCCACCAAAAUCCCAGAGUCCGAGGAUCUGUAA